AUGGCGAUGUCGGAGUCGUCGGAGUCGCCGCCGCAGCAUCCCGCCGGCGCCGAAGCAAAGGCGAAGUACGUGGGCAUUCCCGGCGUGCGGUUCGUGCCGUCGGACGAGGAGCUCAUCCUCGACUACCUCCGGGCGAAGGUUGACGGCGUAGAGCAGCCCACCGACCUCGUGCAGGAGGCGGACGUCUACGAGAAGCAUCCCAGUGUAGUGACCGGGAGCCUGGGCUACAGCGUGGAGGACUUCUGGUACGCGUUCACGUCGAGGCAACGCAAGUACCCCAAGGGGAAGCGGCCGAGCCGGAGCACGGGCGACGGCCGCUGGAAGCCGGUGGGCCUUAACGGGCCGGUCCGGGGCUCGGACGAGAAGAUGAUCGGGCACAAGUCGGCGCUCUCUUAUGAGGAGUUCGUGCCCGACGACGGCCAACCCCAGGGGUCCAGGCGGCGGCGGCGGAUGGUGAAGACGGAGUGGAAGAUGUGCGAGUUCGUCGCCAUGGACACCGACAAGCCUAUCUCCUCGGCGCCCAACAAAAUGCUGCUGAACGAGUGGGUGCUGUGCAGGAUCACGCGCAAGGCGGGGGCGGAUCAGGUGUUGGAGCAGGUUCACGGCGGGCAAGCAGCGCUCGUCAUCACCGAGGACGAGCAGCUGCAGAAUGCUGCUGCUCCUACUCCUCCUGACGACCCGUCCCAGCAAGCGCGGGUAGACGACGGAGCGGACCGUCCGGAUGGCACCGAGGUCGGAUUUCCGCCGUGCGACUACUAUGAUUAUCCGCAGCUCUGGAACGAAUGUGGCGAGGAUUUUGAUCACGACCAGCGGAACGUCCAGGGGAACCAGGUUGGAGAGACAGCCGAUCCUGACCCAAUGGUGAACCAGAUCAAAGCGCCUGCUGAUCCUGACUCGACUGUGACCCCGUCGGAAGAAGUACCUACUGAUCCCGAGUCUUGGGAUAUCAGUUUUCUCUUGGAUGAUUUCGUCAAGGCCAUGGAUGACGCUGACAAAGGCAAUACACCAGCAGCUGCACCUGCACCAGCACCUGCACCUGCACAACCACCAGCAGCAGCAAACAAGACCUCCGCGACUGCAACACCCUCCGAUAAAUAG